CCAACAGCCUCUCCAAAAAUGGCACCCAAGCACAAGGCAAGCGGGGAGCCACUUCGCAAGAGGAAGAAGGUCUCUACGGACCGUUCCGCAUCGUGGGUAAGAAAGACAGUCGAGCCCACAGCCUACGAAAUUCCCCCAAAGAUGCAGUCCGAAUGCAUCAACCUGCUGAGCAGGAACCACUUCGUGCGCCUCUUUCUAGGGCCUUUCUGGGAAAAUUUGCUCUCGCCUCCUAAGGCACUUCACAUCUCGAUCCGAGUUGAGCUCGCUAGAGAUAUGACGCAAGAAGAGUUCGAGGCCUGCUUCCACCUGGUCGAGUCUACAUCCUCCUCCUCCUACAAGUCCUCUAGCAUAGGAUGGAACCCGGCCGGUAAGAAAAAGGAAAUGUGUCACAGAGACAUGAAAUACAUCCUCGUUCGAGCCGCCGCUCCCAGCAAGCACAUCGUCGGUUUCCUCUCAUUCAUGUACACCUACGACGAUCCCCCAAACGAUUGGCUAUCAGUUCUCUAUAUCUAUGAAGUCCACCUCGAGGAGGAGCUGAGAGGCUCCGGCCUCGGCUCACAGCUGCUCGGCAUUGCAGAGUUCCUGGCGAAACGAGCUGGAAUCACAAAGACGAUGCUCACGGUCUUCACGAGCAAUACACGGGCGAUGGCGUUGUACCAGAAGCGUGGAUAUAAGAAGGAUGAAUGCUCACCAGCAGAUAGGCAGAUCCGGAACAAAGUUGUUGUCGCCGAUUAUCGCAUCAUGUCCAAGGCCACCCAUACCGACGAUUGCUCGCAAUACGAACUAGAUAAGAUCAAGCAGACCAAAGACAAUUUUGAUGAGAUGGUGGCGGAAACGUCGGGAGAUAAUGAGCACGAGGAUACCGGGCAGCGUGUUUCCCCUUAUCCUUAAACCAGUACUCUUCUCGGGCCACCGAGAAAGAAGAAUGACAAAAAUCAUCAGCAAGCAUUUUUGGAGUUUGGAUACGCAUCAGAUACCCUGGAAGCAUCUGGUGGAGGCAAUGGUUCACAUUGGGUGCACUUCUUGGCGUUUCUAUUUUUUCCAAGCACAGUCGAUAUAAGACUUAUCAAAGAUUUGGUAUUCCUACCGCAGAUCACCAUUCCAUACAAUUCCCCUCCCGCGCAAGGACGAAACGCGUUGUCGUCGUUGGUG